AUGGCCAGCUCCACCGACUUCGACAUCGAUCCAUUCAAGGAAACGAUAUAUCCUGAGCCCAGCCAGCCGGCCAGGAACAGCCCUUCCCCUCCCCGCGAGCCAUCGCCGACCUACGAAGCCGGCCCCAGUAGCAGCUCGCCGACCCGGAGAGGCUCACUCCAACCCACCUCAUCAAGCCCAACUACCCACUUCGUUCAUGCCUACCAGGUCGAGCACCGCCCCAAUCAACUCUCGCCCGCCUCCUCCAUCAACACCCCCAAAUCGCCAAUCCCGCCCAUCGCUGCUGUCACCACCCCCGGCCGCGGCGGUCGUCCAACCCUCAGGGAUCUUAAGGACGUCGAAGAGAUCAGGGUCACCGAGGCCAUCAAAACCAGCGAGGGAGGUGCAUCUUCGUACAUCGCCUAUGUCAUUCAAAGUAGUCGCGGAACGUCGAGGCACAGGUACUCGGAAUUCGAGUCUCUUCGAUCGUCCCUUGUGGCCCUAUAUCCCGUCUUGAUCGUUCCCCCCAUUCCAGACAAACAAUCACUAGGUGAUUAUGCCUUUCAUCCGAGCUCGAUGGCCAAGACUAAAGAAGAUCCGGUGACGGUUGCUCGUCGCAAACGGAUGCUAGCCGUGUUCCUCAACCGCCUGAUUCGACACCCCGUCUUGGGCCGCGAGCGAGUCCUGUGGCAGUUCCUAGCCCCGGAUGUGUCGUGGUCUGAAGUCCUCCAGCAACCGCCGCUGACAAAUCUGCCGAAGAAUCCGUUGAAGGCGCCGGCUCACAACCCCGCGGACCCGGACCUCCAGGCACUCUUCUCCCACCUUCCCGUCCCCUCCUCGUCCUCAGUCCCGCUCCAAGACCCCGACCAACGCUUCCAAGACUCCGAAGUCUUCACACAAAAGUUCUCCUCCCAUCUUACUAACAGUCUCGAGAAAAUCAACCGUCGUCUCAUGAAACGCUGGCAAGAUUAUGCCGUGGAUCAGGCCGAACUCGGAGGCGUACUCAAUGGCUUCGCUCUCGUCGAAGGGAGUAUCGUCGGUGAUGGUCAGCUUAGUACUCAGGAAACUGCCGAGGCCACUAGCACAGCCAUCGAAAGAACAGGGCAAGCUAUAGAUGCCACCUAUGUUUCUACAAACGCAAUGCUCCAAGACUGGGAAUGUCAGUUCACAGAGCCGCUGCACGAAUACGCGCAAUUCUCGAAUGUGAUCAAGCACCUCUUACGCUUCCGCCACAUGAAGCAAGCCCAAUUCGAGAUGGCGCGAGACAUCUUGGAUACGAAGCGACUAGUGCUGGAGGAUCUGGAGCGGAGCGAGAGCGAGGCGCAGCGGCUCGAGAGCGCCCUGAGUCGGGUCCGCCAGCUCGACCUCGAACGAUCCUCCAAGGAAUCCGCCGAUGACCCCGAGCCUAACUCGGCUACCUCCCAUCUCAUCGGCUCCUCCGGCCCCGCCCUCAUCACUCCCAUUCGUAAACCCGCUUCCACGGGAUUCCUCGGCGCGCUUCGUCACUCGCUGAAUGGAAUUACUGAUGUUGAUCCCGAAAGCACGCGCAGAAAUAGCAUCGGGAAAAAUAAAGACUAUAUCUCUAACCUCGAAGAAGGGCUUCGUGCGGCCGCGGCUGAUCUCAGAUAUUGCUCACAAACUAUCCAGGCUGAUCUGGACCGAUUCCAGCGCCAGAAAGUCGCCGAUCUGAAGGAGAUGUGUUUGGCUUUUGCGCGCCUACAUAUCGAGAUCUCCAAAAAAAAUUUGGAACAAUGGGAGGCUGCAAAAGAGAAUAUCUCGAACGUCAUGGUCUCCUCUCCUUCCACAAAUCCCCAUGAACAAUAG